AUGGGCUUCAACAGAGGGGGACCUGUGGUUCAGCACCCCUUCGGAACAGGAGAAGAGAAGAAGAUCUUUCCUUACUUCCAUCCACACAACCUUUUGGGAAACACGUUUCUCCCUCUUAGGGGAGCACCCCACAGAGGGCCUGGAUGUUACACAACAGAUACUAGGUAUGAUUGGGUACACAACCUCUCCAAAAUCCCGACCAGUAAAAAAGGAUAUAUUUUGGGAGCCAGAACAGCCGUGAGGUUUAAGCCGAAUAAGGAUCUGACACCUCACCCAGCCACGUACCAGACAAUAAAUCUUCAGGAGGGAAAACAAAAACAAAGUUUUGCUCCCUUUAAUGUCAUGUUGCCUCGAUUUAUGACACACUCAAAGGACAUGAGUUUUCCUGGCCCUGACAUGUACAACCCACAGAUAAAGCCGCCCGCAAAAGUCACCUGGCCAAUGAAAUUUGGAUCUCCAGACUGGGCUCAGAUCCCAUGUCUGCAGAAAAGGACCCUAAAAGCUGAGCUGCCCAGCGACAAGGACUUCAGAAGACAUCGGAGCCGUAUGGCCUACUUGAGCCUGUUCUACGGUUCAGAAGCUGGGUCUUCCUUCACCUGCUCCUCCAGACCACAGCAUCUCCCCAAUGGAGGACCGAGCUGCUCCUCUCCCUCUGCACUGUGUGGCCUGCUCCUCAGCCAGCCUGAGGCCCAGGGAGGGGCAAGGGGCCCUAAGUACCCCGUGAGAGCAUAA